AUGGCGAUGGUGGUGCUGUGUAAUCUUAUCCAGAUAGCAGAGCAGAGCGGGGAGGAGAGAGAAGAGGAAGCAUGUGUGUGGAUCUCAGCCGGGGAUCAGGAGGGUGCUCCAGACCCAGACAGGGGCCGCACGGGAUCAGAGAUCCCAGCCAGAAUGGAGGGCCCUGCGGCAAUGCAGCAUAUCUCUGAACCGAGGCCCAACAUGAUGAUCCCGUCCCCCCCUACAGCUGAACCCUACCACCAAGGCAACGUCAGGAUGACCCUGGAAAAGGCUGACCUCUGGAAGUCCUUCCACAACCUGGGGACUGAGAUGAUAAUCACCAAACAUGGCCGGAGGAUGUUUCCCCAUUGCAACGUCAGUCUAUCUGGACUCCAACCCUAUACCAACUAUGUCCUCAUGGUGGAAAUGGUUCCGGUGGACAACUCCAGAUACAGGUGGAAUAAAGGCCAGUGGGACAUGGCUGGGAAAGCCGAGCCCCAGCUCCCCUGUCGGACGUACGUGCAUCCAGACUCCCCCACCCCGGGCUCCUACUGGAUGAAACAAUCGGUGUCCUUUCUCAAGCUCAAACUCACCAACCACACACUGGACCAGCACGGCCAUAUCAUCCUGCACUCUAUGCAUCGCUACAUCCCACGCUUCUCUGUGGUCCAGGCUGAUAGUCUGCACAGUGUGCGCUGGGGACACUUCCAUUACUUCUCCUUCCCUGAGACCUCCUUCACUGCAGUCACGGCCUACCAGAACACUAAGAUCGCUAAACUGAAGAUUGACCACAACCCCUUUGCUAAAGGAUUCAAAGGGGAGAACACCCGUACUCAUAGCAAGAGGUGUCGAUCCAACAAGAGUUCUGGAAAUGCUUCAAAGAAAGCCAAACAAGACAGAGAAACAGAAUUCAAAAGUCCUUCAGACCUCCAAAGGGCAACAUUAGACUGUGAGCCAGCAGAACGGGGGAUAACCUCGGGAACAACGGAGAACAUGGUGUCGGCUAAGGAGGAUCUCUUCUCCCCCUGGGCCAUAGAACAGGACCCGUCCCAGAGCCACAGCCUGCACACUGAACUACUGGAGCUCCACGACCACAGACAGGACUACAGCACCGAGGAGCAGAUGGUGCCUGGCCCUGCAUCUAUGUCCUCCCAACCAUGCAGAUCUGUUGAGCAUGGCAGACUUCCAUCUCCAUCUUCUGUAGUGGAGGAUUGCAAAGGCAGGCGCAGCUAUGAGUCUCACCUCCGUGAUGUAGCCACUGUCCCUGGGCACAAGACUAACAGUCCUGGCCCUGUCAGGGACAUGGGACACACCCCCUUGGCACAAGCUAUGCCCCAGGACUAUAGAAUGUCCCCUGUCCAUCUGCCCACGUCCUCCAAAACCUACCCUGGGUACCUGGGUUACAGUUACCCCCUCUAUGGCCACUACACUACUAACCAGGGCAUGGGUCAGUGGAGUGAGGGUGGUACAGGACAGUACCCUGGACAGUCCUUGACUCACCACCUGCCCUUCUUCACCAGUCAAACACUGACUGCAGACCACGGCACCCACCAACGCAGCGUCCAUCACCAUGGCAACACAGAGGCAGAGUGGAGCUGGAGCCAGUACUUGAGUUUGGAUAAUGAUCAGAAUAGCUGA